GUCUCCUUUUAAGGCCUCACGGAGAAGCAGGUGGGGAACAGUUGAAGACGGGUGGUGGUUUUGUUGGCCCUGUACUUGGUUUAGGCUGACUCCCUGUGGAUUCAGCUUGACAGCCGAAGUCGCUGCAAAGGGAAUCUCAAGGGGUCAAUAUCUACGGCAUCAUCAUGUCAGCGUGGAUCAAACGUGGAAGUUACAACCAUGAAUACCACCACAAACAGAGCCAGUAUGUGGUUAAAGAAUAUAGCAGCUCUGAGGCGAUGGAGGAAAGAUAUGAGCACAAAACAAAAACCCGCAUCCAGGAAGUGGUAAGAACAAAAUUGGAUGACAAAUAUGUGCGUGAGGAGCCCAUGAUUAGGGGACCAAAGUUCCUGGUCCGACUCAGAUCCCACAUGGUGUUUGAAAACACUCCAGUCAAAAUCUUCUGUACUGUUGAGGGCUUCCCCAUGCCUGUUGUAAAAUGGUAUAAAGAUGGAAUGAUCCUGGACUUGUCUGGAAGAUAUCUGGUUGAAGCCAAAGGUGGAAUCCACUCCCUGGAGAUCCCAAGAUGCUCAACUGAUGAUACAGCUCAGUACACUGCUAUGGCUGUAAACCUCCAUGGACAAGCCUCCAGUCAGGCCUCCAUUAUUGUGAAGAGAUUCAAGCAGGAGGAAGAGUCCUGUUCAUAUGCAUGGCUGCCUUAUGCAGCUUCUAUGCUUCCAAAGAUCCAUUACACUAAAAUCCACAUUACUUUUUUGGAGAUGUUUGGACCAGUGUUCGCUACCGAGGGUGAAUCUGCCACCCUUUCUGCUACCAUGACCCUGGAACCCAACCUGGCAAACCUACAGCCUGAGGCACAGUGGUACAGAGAUGACACUCGUCUGUUUGACUCUAAAUGGGUGAAGAUUGAAACUGGUAGAGGAUUCAGCAAAUUGACUCUUCCAAAUCUCUACAAAGAUGACGAGGGUCUCUAUACCCUGCGCAUGGUCACUAAAGGAGGCACCGCAGAACACAGUGCCUUUGUCUCAGUCGCAGAUGGUCCUCCUCCAGUCCCUGCUGCACCUGGUGCUCCUAUGGACAUCGAGAUCCAUGAUGCCAAUAGAGACUAUGUCAUUGUGUCAUGGAAGCCUCCUAAUACAACUACAGAGGGUCCAAUCCUGGGAUACUUUGUCGACAAAUGUGAGGUUGGAACUGAAAACUGGACCCAAUGUAACGAUCACCCCAUAAAGAUCUGUAAAUAUCCAGUGUCUGGGCUGUUUGAAGGGCACUCCUUCUACUUCAGAGUCAGAGCUGUUAACUCCCAUGGAAUCAGCAAACCUUCUCGUAUGUCUGAUCCCAUCACUGCUAUGGACCCCACUGAGUUUGAGAGGCUUCACGCCAAAAGGCUUGGAGGAAGACUGGAUGUCGUGUCUUACCAUGACGAAGUUGAAGCUGAAGGAAAACCUCCAGGUGUUCCAUCAGGAAUUAAUCCCUCAGAAAUAGACAGGACCUAUGUUGUUUUGAGCUGGAAAGCCCCAGCGUACACCAGCAGCGCUCCCAUGUGGUACUACAUAGAAAAGUGCAUGGCAGACAGUGGCGCAUGGCAGCGCGUUAACACCCAGGUCCCUAUUCGAUCUCCUCGUUAUGCCGUCUUUGACCUGGCAGAGGGAAAACAAUAUAAAUUCAGAGUUUUGUCUGCCAACAUUUAUGGGACCAGUGAGCCAUCAGAGCCAACUGGACCUAUUCAGACUCAGGAACUCAAAGGUUUGCCUCCAUUUUUCCUUUCCUUCAAUUACACAAUGGGCUUUGUGUCACGUUUGUGUCUCUUCAGGUUUGUGGUUAGUGGUUUGACCACAGGAGAAACCUACGUGUUCCGCGUCCAGGCUAUCAAUGAGCUGGGUCUCAGUGAUGAAUCCCAGGAGUCUGCACCUUUGACUGUCAAGGCUGCCCUUACAAACCCAUCUGCUCCUUAUGACAUUGCAUUGCUGUACUGCGACGGCCAUUCAAUGAUCCUGAACUGGAAGAAGCCUCUUCGCUCUGGAGGAGCAAAGAUCAAAGAGUAUUAUGUGGACAAAAGACGUAGUGGAACAACCAUGUGGAGGGAGGUUCAUAUCCCACCAACCACAGAGAGAGUUUAUAAGGUGGAGAACUUAACAGAGGGAGCAGUCUAUCAGUUCCAGGUCUAUGGAGCCAACCUGGCUGGUCUUGGACCAGCGUCCAAACAUUCAGAAGACCUUACAUGUGAUGCCUGGACAAUGCCAGAACCUGGCCCAGCCUAUGACCUGACCUUUUGUGAAGUGAGAGAUAAUUCAUUGGUGGUUGAGUGGCAAAAGCCUGUCUACACUGGUUCUGGACCAAUCACAGGCUACCAUGUUGAGUAUGCCAAGAAGGGUACUGCUAACUGGAUCACAGCCAAUGAAAAAGCUGCCAGUCACCGCUUCCUAAAGGUAACAGGUCUGGAGGUGGGCACUACCUAUGUGUUCAGAGUGCGUGCAGUCAAUGCUGUUGGAGUGGGUAUGGCCUCAAUGGCCUCUGACCCUGUGACUGCCAAGGCCGUGGCAGGUUCCCAGGAGGUGUCCUGUGUGGUGGAUGAGAAGUCAGGUGACAUUGUUCUGUCAUUCGAGUCCUGCCAGAUAAACGAAGGCUCCAAGUUCAUCUGGAAGAAAGAUUAUAAAGAAAUCACAGAUUUCUCUAAAGGGGUAGUGAUUAAAUCCGAGGGCACCCACUCUAAGCUGAUCUUCAAGAAUGCAGAUAAGGAGGACUUUGGGACGUAUUCUGUUUCUGUCACAAACACAGAGGGAGUGUCAUCCAGCUACACAAUCUCUAAUGAAGAGUUGGCAAAGAUGCUGGCGCUCAGUUAUGAUAUCAGACACCCAGUCAUCCCGCUGAAGUCUGAGUUGGCUUAUAAGAUUCUGGAGAGAGGCCGAAUGAGGUUCUGGCUGCAGGCUGAGGAGAUUUCUUCCAAUGUCACCUACAAAUUCUUUGCAAACAACAAGGAACUGUCUGGAGCUGAUCCCAACAAGAUGGCUCAUGACGUCGCUACAGGGAUCAUUGAGUUCAUCAUGGAUCAUUUCACUGAGGAGAGUGAGGGGACAUAUACCUGCCAGAUCACAGAUGGAGGAGGAAAGGCACAGAGCUCACUGGUUCUGAUUGGAAAUGCUUUCAAGGCAGCACUGGCUGAGGCUGAUUUCCAGAGGAGAGAGUACAUCAGAGUCAAAGAGGGCCCCCACUUUAGUGAGUUUCUAUCACUUCAGAUUGGGGAUGACUGCUCUGUCACUUUGGUCUGCAAGGUUGCUAACUUGAAGAAGGAAUCUGUGUUUCACUGGUUUAGAGAAGACACGGAGAUCAUCCCGGAUGUAAAACCUGACCUGGGAUCAGGAGUCUGUAAACUGACAAUUAGAGAGUUUUCACUGAAGACAGCAGGAAUUUACAAAGCCACCAUCAGUGAUGACAGAGGAAAAGAUAUGAGCCAAAUAAACAUUUCUGGAAAAGUCUUUGACGAUGCCAUAAACAAGCUCAGCCAACUGGCUGGAGCCAGUGCAGCAGAGCUUGUGAUAAACUGCACAGCAACAGGCAUUCAGCUGCAGUGUCACAUGAAGUAUUACACCUCAGAGAUGAACAUCACCUGGUAUCACGGUGAGACUAAACUCUCCCACACUGACAAGAUUGUGAUUGGUGGAACCCCGACUAUGGCAACAAUGGAGGUAGUUGAACCAGUGGAGAAGGACAAGGGCAAGUACUCCAUCGUGAUCACUGAUCCUGAGAACUCACAUAAACGCACACUGGACCUCAGCGGUGAUGUAUAUGAGAAAGCCUUUGCAGAGUUCCAGAAACUAAAGGCCGAGGCAUACGCUGAGAAGAACCGUGGUAAGGUGGUGGGAGGACUGCCUGAUGUGGUCACCAUUAUGGAAAAGAAGACUUUGAGUUUAACAUGUACAGUGUGUGGAGACCCCAAACCUCAGGUGUCAUGGCUGAAGAAUGGAUCGGAAGUCGAGCCUGAUGAUCAGUAUGUGGUCUCCCUGGACCAGGGCAAGUUUGCCAGUCUGACAAUCAAAGGCGUUUCCAUGGAGGAUUCUGGCAGAUAUACCAUGAUUGUCCAGAAUAAAUAUGGAGGAGAGUCUGUGGAUAUAGUGGUCAGUGUGUAUCGCCAUGGGGAGAAAAUCCCUGAGGCAAAACCAACUCUGACCCCUAAAACAAUCAUCCCACCUAAAUUACCAAUUGAGAUCCCUCAGCCUAAGCCACAGCCUGCUCCGAGCGCUGCCCCUUCAACUCCUAGCCCUGCCGCUCCUAAGGCAGCACUGGGAAGAGGGAUGAAGAGUCCUACUCCAAGUCGGAGGAAGUGAAAAGCAAGGCAGAAGAAACGCAAUCACUGGUGCACAAUUAGAACACACAUAGCUGAGAAGCCUUUAUUGGUGUUCUCUAUCUGGAUUGAAAUGGAGCUAAUACUCUUUGCAUUAAAUUAGAGCGUCAAGAAAACCCUGACAUGUGAAAUAAAUCUUGCAAUUGUGAUGGAAAGCAAAAAACAGUUUCAAUGUGAAAUCAUUGUAUAAAAUCAGCAAAAUUAUACUAGAAUAAUAAAAAGCUAGGCACUAUCUAAACAUGAGGAAAUUAGAAAUUAAUUGAAAUGAACUCGAAUAAAGCUACAAAUUGAAUAAAACUUUCUGAAGAAAGAGUGAAA